AUGGCGGCGGUGCAACCACCGGGGCCCGUCCCAGCCUUAGGGCGGCCGCAAAGUAUGGACGGCAGCAUUUUUGCCAAAGAUGUCGACAUGGAACACCCAUCUCCGCCGGUUCAACCUGAUGUGCAUCUAUGCAGCGAGCCGGAAAGAGGGGAUACUAGGAUCGUGGUCAUCGUGUACGGCCUAGGACAAGAGAAGAUUGUCGACGUCUUCGCAGAAGUGCUGGGAAAGCCGUCGCAGAUCAAGAAUAGGUUCGAGGACGUGACGCAGCAAGAUCAAAAUUGUGUCGUGGGAAUUCCAGCGGAGAGUGCCAAGGAGGACAUCGCGACACGAAAUCGAGGCCUCCUUGUUUCCGUCAACGCCCACUGUACCGGCCUGGGCAUGCCGCCGGAUAUCUAUCUUUCCGCCCAGUGCGACUACGAGUUUCUAUACACCGAAACGCCGUUUUUCCGUCGGGAUCUCGCCCGGUUUACUUCGCACAUCUUGGGCCAGUUAUGUCUCCACCGGGCGCUAAUAGAGAAACCAAGGACCUUCAUUAUUUCGACCACCUUCCCCGACGUCCAUGCCGCUUUGCCGAAUAUCGAUAUCUUGACUGUGGGAGCUGACGCCAUCGAGAUUCGUGUCGAUCUCCUGAAAGAACCACAUGCCGAUGGGACCUACUCCGACAUUCCCAGCCUCAGCUACGUGGGCGAGCAGGUCAUGUUGCUACGCCAGAGGACAGAGCUCCCCAUCAUCCUGACGACAAGAUGUACCAACGAAAACGGCCGGUUUCCGAUGGACAACCCAGGGCUGUAUUACGAAUACCUUUACCGGGCUCUUCAGUGGGGUGUUGAAUACAUCGAUGUCGAGGUUUGGCUCCCAGAAUCGAUCCGGAAGAAGUUGUAUGAGCAGCGGGGCAACAGCCGCAUCAUGUCGGCCUUCCACGAUUUUUCGGGGACCUUCAAAUGGACUUCGGACCAGGCCGAAUCGAUAUUUCUUGAGUCACAACGCUACGCUGACUGUGUCAAGAUGAUUGCGAUUAUCAACGACCACAAUGAGAACUUCGAGCUGGAAUACUUUCGCUCCAAGAUCAAAUCAAAAUACCCUGAUUCCGUCCCCUUGUCCGCCUUGAAUAUGGGAGAAAUCGGCCAAUUUUCUCGGACUCUCAACAAAUUCUUCACGCCAAUCACUCACCCCCUCUUACCCAUCAUCGCGGCCCCCGGUCAGAUGAGCGCCGCCGAGAUCAACCAGGCGCUUUCAUUACUCGGGCAGCUACCCAGGAAGAACAUGUACGGGAUCACCAGCCCAGCGAUGCGGAGUGCUACGCCACAAGCGCCCUUUUACGAAAAGUGCUUCAACGAACUCGGGAUGCCCCACCAGUUUGCCGUCGUGGAGUGGUUACCAAAGGGAUACGGCUGCAUUGGGGCGUGGUGCAACCAGAGGAACUUUGGUGGUGCUUAUUUCAACCCGGCCGUCUCGCUCAGGAGUUUGACCAGCCACAGCAACUUCCUCUCAUCUCUCAACAACGGAUCCGGCCCGACGAUUAGCGAAGCGGCCCGCCUCAUCGGAAUGGUCGACACCAUUGUCGUGCGACCAGUUUCUUCCAGCAACCCGACCUCCGCACCACCAUCCAUCCCAUCGAGUCCCCCGCGGCACAAAAACGGGGACUCGUAUAACUCCCUGGGACCCGCGCAAUCCGGCCUACCACCCAACACCUCUCUCGUCCUCGAAAACGCUUCUUGGAAAGGCAUACUAAGCACCCUGACGCGAGACCUGGCCCCAUCAGCCUACUUUGGCUGUGCUGCCGUUGUCCUCGGGUCAUCAGCCGAGGAAGCCGCCAGCGCCCUCUUCGCCCUCAAGGCCCUCAAAGUCGGCAAGGUCUACACCGUCGGCUUCAAAACACCACCGGCAUUCGGCAAAGACCUCCUCAUCGAACCCUUCACCAGCUUAGAGAGUAUCCAACGAGCACGAACGGUCGGGGCAAACGGGGCGAAUGGUGCGGACAUCGGGAUGGGAGGGGGAGGAUCUCCCUUCCUCGUCGUCAGCGCUCUGGGGCCAGAGAAGAGCACGCUUGUUGGGAUGCUGGUGCGCUUGUUUGGGUCACGGGAGCCGUCGGCAAACUCGCGGAAGGUGUUUUUAGAUCUGGCGGACCGGUCGGCUUCGCGUAAGGGGGACCCGGGCCUGAUUGCCGAGCAGAGCGGAUUUGCGGCGUACGGCGCGGCGGAUGUUACGGCGUUUACUACGGUGGAAACGCUGCGGUUGUUGGUUGGACAGAAUGUGCCUUAUAGCUUUGUUCGGCUUGCGAGUGGGCGGACGUUAUUUUGA